AUGGUAGUUGACCCUUCUUGUUGUCUUUUGUUUAAUCAGGCUAAUAAGAAAAUUGAAGAUGCUAAGCUUGCAAGAGAUUUCCAAACCACGUUACAAGAAUUUCAGAAAGUACAACAACUUGCUUCUGAGCGUGAAUCGACUUACACCCCGGCUUCCACUUCUUCUCCUUUACCAACAAGCUCUGGCGCUGGUGAAGAAUCAGUUGAGGUAGACUUGGAAAGCAGACCUUUUAUCGGAGAACAGAAGAGGCAAGAGAUACUUCUGUUGGAUAAUGAAUUAUCCUUCAAUGAGGCUAUGAUUGAUGAAAGAGAUCAGGGUAUCCGAGAGGUAGAAGAGCAAAUUGGACAAGCAAAUGAAAUAUUCAAGGAUCUUGUUGUUCUGGUUCAUGAUCAGGGGAUUGUUAUUGAUGACAUUCACUCAAAUAUCGAUGCUUCUGCCGGUGCAACAUCCCAAGCUAAGGUUCAGCUAGCCAAAGCUUCCAAAAGUGUGAAAUCAAAAACUAAAUGGUGUUGGUGGGUGCUUGUAAUAUUUGUGGCAGUGCUGGUCAUCUUACUUCUUGUACUCAUUCUUUAGUGUGCAAACAAGUUGGGCAGAUAUUUCUACCCCUCAUUAUCUCUUUUCCAAGAUUGAUUUAAAUUGAUGUAUUUUUCUCAGAUUCUGUGAGUAUUUUAAAGUGUGAAGAGUGUUCCGACAAAAAAAUG